GGGGUGUGCAGCCCCGGGCCAGGCCCAGGCCGGGGCAGCAGCGCAGGUGAGCUGGCGCCUGUCCUAACCUUUCUGGAGACUGAGCUGGGCGGAGGCUUGGAAGCUGCUUUCGCCUCCGAGCUGGCGCAAGUCGACUGCGGGUCCGCCCCAGUGGGCGAUGAAGUCAUAGUGCUGUGGGUCCGCGUGUCUGUGACGUCAGGGGUUCCCAGGAGAUGGACUGUGAUGUCACUGCAGGCCCUGGCCAGGACCUUGGCGCGGAAGGGCCGGUGGUUCCGGAGGGGAGAAAAAGGAAGUCAAGUCCCCUGUGACUGGGAAUCGCAGCAGAUUUGAAUCAAAAGUUGCUUGAGACCAGCAUUUCCCAAUUUCAGUGUAAUAGUUGUCAAGUUCUUUAACUUCAUUUCAAACAGGCAUCAGGAAGAUUGGAUAGGAGUCCUCAAUCCUUCACUGACCUUGACUUACAAGGUAGUGUGUUCACAUGGUUCAAAAGGCAAAAGGUGCAAACAGUGAGUUUUCUCCCCUGGCUGGAGUGGGGAGCAUUUGGAAGGUAAAACAUGAUGACAUAGGGUGGCUCUAAUGUGCCUGAUAAGGCAUUUAAGUAGAGAGAGAAGAGGAAGUACUUCUGCCCUAGCUUAAGAUGCCUUGAAAACAUGGACUACACAACCAGCUAAUGUAAUUGGAAAACUGAGUCUUAGAGGUUAAGCAGCUUGCCUAGCCAAUGAUCAUAGCUGGUAGUUUGCAAAGCAAAAGCAGCAAAACAUAAUACCCAAAACUGCAGCUUCCUCAAAUAUCAAGAGACAGUUCCUGCACUUCAAAGUAGUGAGAGUGAGUCCUUAGGUUUGACAUUGAUUUCACUCUGACGAACGUUUGCCAUGUACAAGGCACUGAACUGCGUGCCCUGUGAGAGAUACAGAAAGAAUUAAGACUACACCUACCUUUCAGGAGUUUACAUUGUAGUAGGGGAGAUGAAGACAUGAUAGACCAUGUAAAUGGGUGUGAGUAGGGCAAGAACUUACAUUGGUUGGUGCUCUGUGUCUGAAGCAGGAAGGAAUGGAUGUAUCAGACAGCUUGUGGCUUGCUGGGGAGGGACUUACAAUGAGCCAUACAGAGCUGCCCUGCCCAGGGAAACACCGAAUUCCAGUUUCUUCACUCCAAAUCAGAUGCCUUUCUUCUUUACUCUCUCCAGAUCUUGUUCAAGCUCAUUGUGCUCUUUAGUCAAAGCUAAAAGUUAGAAGACUGUCCAGCUGUUUAUUAUUAUUGGAGCAGUGAGCCCUUGAAUCAUCUGAAGUGUUAUCUUGAGCCAACUUAUAUAGAAGUUAAAUCAAAAUAGCUUUAGUUUUUUAUGUGAUCUUAAAACAAUCAAACUUUAACCUAGCCUCUGUUAUGCACCUAAAACCAUAUUGGAAUCUGCAGAAGAAAGCACAACCUCUGGAAAUUAACAAGGAAACUCUGAGAACUCCCAUGAGACACCAAGAACCUAUACAUGACGAAAAAUGCAAAGCUAGCUACAUGAAACCAAGUGUCUUUCCUUCCACCUCUUCUGGUAAAGCAUCAUUGCGAAAACCUUUUGGGGUCCUUUCUCCAAAUGUUCUGUGCAGUAUGAGUGGGAAGAGUCCUGUAGAGAGCAGCUUGAAUGUUAAAACCAAGAAGAAUGUACCAUCUGCAACAAUCCACCAGGGUGAAGAGGGGGAAGGGCCGCUUGAUAUCUGGGCUGUGGUGAAACCGGGAAAUACCAAGGAGAAAAUCGCAUUUUUUGCAGCCCACCAGUGUAACAAUAGGAUAGGAUCUAUGAAAAUAAAAAGCUCCUGGGAUAUUGAUGGGAGAGCUACUAAAAGAAGGAAAAAAUCAGGGGAUCUUAGAGAAGCCAAGAGACAAUUAGAAAGGAUGAGGGAAGUCAACAGCAGAGGCUAUGAGCCCGAGCCUUUUGCGUGUGGCAUUGAGCACUGUUCUGUGCAUUACGUGAGUGACACUGGGGACGGCCUCUGUGCUGGGAGGCCUCUGUCCGUCAUACAGAUGGUUGCCUUCCUGGAGCAAAGAGCAAGCGCUGCUCUCCUGGCCAGUUGUGCAAAAAACUGCACUAACACACCUGCCGUGGUGAGGAUUUCGGGGCAAUCCAGAGGUGUGCCCCCAGCCUCUGAGCCCUUUUCUGCCCCAGGAGCUUGUGAAGAACCCACAGAAAGGGGAAAUCCUGAGAUUGGUGAACCCCAGAGUGAGCCAGUCCGCGUCCUCGACAUGGUAGCCCGGCUGGAGUCUGAGUGCCUGAAGCGGCAGAGCCAGCGGGAGCCUGGGAGCCUCUCGAGGAAUAACAGCUUCCGUCGAAAUAUAGGCCGGGUAUUGCUUGCAAACGGCACUCAGGCUGAUGAAGGCAAAACAAACAAAGGUGCUUUGGAGGCACCUGGCACUCAGGUGAAUCCUGUGGGGUCUGUGUCUAUGGACUGUGGCCCGACAAGAGCUGACCAUUGUUCUCUUGAGGGGAAGCAGGCCUGGGAUGGGGCUUCUCAGGGCUGUCCUGCAUUGCCAGCAGGUGUUAGUUUCCAGGUGAGUAGUGUGGCAUUAGAGUCGGAUCAGCAAACUGCUGUGAAAAACAGGAAUAGGUAUGAUGUAGAAAUGACAGAGGAACUUGAGUCACCUUUUCCUCCUCGAAACUGUCCCCAAGCCAUUGAGUUGCCCACAGAUGCUGUUGAUUGUAUGAGUAGAGAGCUUGUGCCUCAAAAUCCUGAUCAGCGAAGAAAAGAAUCUGUGUGCAUUAGCAUCACGGUGUCCAAGGUGGAGAGAGACCUGCCUUCUAGUGUCAAGUCCUAUGAAGACCCACUUCCCGGGAGGUUGUUUUUUUUGCUGCCAGGUCAGCACCAGUCGGACUGUUCCCCAUGGAAUGAAAGCACAACAGAAGAAUCUUCGGAGGCCAGCCAGUUUGAAGAUGCUGCUGAGGGUGGCAGCACACCUGUGGAACAGAGUGUUUCAGCUGAUCCAUGUGUCCCAGCGCCAGCCUGUCCUGUGGAAAGAAGAGUACCGGUGCUUGAGGCAGCUGGCUGGAAGAAGCAGGUGUCUCAUGACUUUCUGGAGACCAGGUUUAAAAUCCAGCAGCUUUUAGAGCCUCAGCAGUACAUGGCUUUCCUGCCCCACCACAUUAUGGUGAAAAUCUUCAGGUUACUUCCCACCAAGAGUUUAGUGGCUCUUAAAUGUACCUGCUGCUAUUUCAAGUUCAUCAUUGAAUACUACAACAUUAGGCCAGCAGAUUCCCGCUGGGUUCGAGAUCCACGCUAUAGAGAGGAUCCUUGUAAGCAGUGCAAGAAAAAGUAUGUGAAAGGGGAUGUGUCCCUGUGCCGCUGGCACCCAAAGCCCUAUUGCCAGGCACUGCCCUACGGGCCAGGAUACUGGAUGUGCUGCCACCGCUCCCAGAAGGGCUUCCCUGGCUGCAAGCUGGGGCUUCACGACAAUCAUUGGGUCCCUGCUUGCCACAGCUUUAAUCGGGCAAUCCAUAAGAAAGCAAAAGGGAUUGACACUGAAGAGGAAUACUGAAGUCUAUGUGAGAGGCGACAAGGUGACUGAUUUUUAAAACUGCAAACCACCACCUAGACGCACCGUUCAAGUGAGCGUUGCCUUAGAGGCAUCACUCUGGGAGAAUCUGCACCUAUUCCUUCAGGACUGCCGUUGUGCGGGUGUUUUUUAAUUUACAAGCUGUACAAGAAAACUGGUCUCAUUGUUUUAUAGUGGCGUCUCACAUUUGAUCCAGGGCGGAAGCCCACAGUUUGAUUCACUUGGCUGUGAAUAAUUAUGCCUGUUUUCCCAAAUCACAUCCAUCCUCAGAGGACGAAGACUUGCCACCAUCAAGGAUGGUCAGAAAAGUUCACUGCAGACUGUGCAGGCAAUCCCCAAGAAGGGUUCCAGAAAUGUUUGAGCUCUGGCACCAUAUUUGAAACAAGUGAGUAGUGUCCUAUGAAAAGAACAGCAGCAGUCAUGGAUGACACGUAUGCUUAUGAAGGAAAAGUCAGGCACCUUACCUUAGACCUUGUAUGCUUGAUCCUGUGAGAUUGAUGUUUGUGGAUGGAAAUGGAUUUCACUCCCUGUGGUGUUUACAGUGUAUAUAAUGGUUGUGUUUCACAGGGCUGUGAAAGUGCACAUUAAACCUGAGCGCCUUUACCUUCGAUGAGUGCUUUUGACCCCUCUGUAAAUAACACUAUUAAAUCCAGUUGUGUAUAGUGGGCAGCUGACUGAACAUCAUCACCACAAUGCAGCUAGGAUAGUGUUGUGGCUACAUUUGUGUGUGUUUUUUUAUUGUUUCACAUUUGUAUAUCCUGUAUAUAAUAUGAAUGUUUCCCAAAUAAACUAUGAAUGUUUCCUGUAUAAUAUAUGAAUGUUUCUGAGAAGAAAUUCUAAAUAGUUAAGAUGUUAACCUGUUGAAAAGAUACCAAAUAAUGGUUUAACUGGACAACCUUAAAACUAGCAUAGAGAACGAUCCUUCAUUAUAUUUUAGUGAUUCAACAAGAAUGAGAGAUAUAUAGUCAGAUUAUAACAUUCUUGUCUACUUUAUUCUGUCUGAUUACAAUUUUUUUUAAAAUUUCAAUAAAAACAUGCAUCUUAAAUG